CGGCAAGGUUGGGGCAGGGACGGAAGGCUUGGAGAGGGCAGGGUCAGGCAAGGAGAGUAUAGAGCAGGAAGGAGAGCUUGGGACCAGGCCCAGGCGGGAGCACCCAGGUUCAAGUUUGUCCCCAGCCACACACAGCCCUCGGCACCUAUUCUUGGUGGUGAAAUAGUUGGAAUCAGAGCUGCUUUUCAGGAAUGAUCUGUUCUCGGGGACACCCGAUAAGGGCCAGGGCAGGCCAGGUGCCACUGGGCAGCCCCUGGAGAGUGUAGCGUGAAUACCUGAAUUAGCCAGCUGAGGACGUGCAGGUGUUUACAGGGACUGCUGGUCUGCAUUUAGAAGUAAGAAGGCGCAUGACUGAUUUACUUCAGAGAAUGCCUCUUUGUAUAGUUAGAUCACCUCAGCUUUGCCAGUCAGUCAGCCACGAAGUAUGUGCUGAUUUUUGCCAUAAAAUGUCAACAUCAGGGCAUGUGGCCCAGUGGGCAGCAGCGGGCCUUCAGGCCAGCUGAUACUCUGAGUGAUUGAGGUAUGGGGGUGGGGUGUUGGGAACAGAUUUUAGCAGUGUUGCAAAUAAAGACACAUGAAGUCGAAAGUAACUCGGCAAGGCAAACUUUACUUCUGCAGAAGGAUGCGGAGCCACUGAAAGCCAGUCUAGCAAGCACACUGAGUGGGAAGUCCACUCAGUUUUUAUCCCUAACGCGGGUUCCACUAUGUCAUGCUCUAUUGGCAAGAGCGUGACCUUACAAUCUAAACCGAUUGGCUAAUAGAAAAGCAAGAUCUGCCUAGUUACAAGAUUAGAUAAGCUUGAAAAUGAGGAAUUACUACACAAUGGUGAGAAAGUACAUUUUUAACUAAAACCACUACACAAUAGUGAGAAAGAGGAAGUAUAUUUUUAAACUUUGUUGUCUUUGACAGAAAAGACUAGGGCCUUUUUGAAUGAGGGACACUAGAACCUUCCUGGGCCUUGGUGUCUUCUCAUCAAUAGAGCAGGAAUGGUAAUAGUACCCGCCUCCUGGGUUACUCAAUGAGCAUUCAAUGAGGAAAUACCACAGAAUGCUUGGAACAGUGGUGAGUAAGUGGACGGAUGGGUGCUGCCCCACCCUCCAAGUCACUGAGCCACCCUUACCCAGCCCUGUUUCUGUCUCAGUGUGUAUCAGUGCCCUGCGCUCUGUUCGCCACUCACCUGUCCUCUCCUCACCCCUAGAACCAGGAAGGCAGCCCCGGAAGGCAGGGCUUUGUGUCUACUCUGUCACCCCAUGUCCCAGCACCAGGACCGGUGCCUGGCAUGUGGCAGUGCUUGGUAAAUAUUGGUUGAGUGAAACUUGUGUGCUGGAGUAGAGGGCAGACCUCAGACAAGAAGUUGCAGCUACUUAGAAAUGCUUUGAGGAAAAGAAACAGCGUCACACGAGAGGAGGGACUGUGUCGCCCAAGAUGGUCACGGGAGGGAGGUUCAGGGAGCAGGGAGCCUUUGAACAGAAACUCCAGCCAUGAGAAGUGCCUUUCCAGGAGUCAAGGACGGUGCUCCUGGUGUAGGGAACUCGGGUGUGUUCAGGAUCACAGAGGCCGCGGGAGGGAAGACAGAAGCACCCAGUCCUCACAGGCCAGGAUGGGCCCUUGGGCUUUAUUCAGAGAGUGAGGGACCCCACAUUUUUCAGCAUUCACUCUGCUGUGAUGCUGACUGUAGGGGACCACUGAGCAGCUCUGAGCUAGACAGCAGCAUUAGAGGCGGUGGGGAUAGAAUUUUAGGGGUUGGAUGUUAGGUGCAGAGGCUGGGGUGGGGAGGAGGUAUUCUUUCAGUCCUAGGCCCCGAGCCUGCCAUGCCAUCCUCCCAGGCCUGGAACUGUAUCCAUACUCCCACCCCCCACUACAUUUUCUGGCCAGGGUGCACCUCAUGAAAGGUCAUGGGCCCAGCUGGAACCUGCUGCCUCUGGGGGAGGGGUUGUGUUGCCUGUUGCUAGGCACCCAGGUUCCGGCUGGCACUUGGGCAGACAUGCUGUAUGCAACAUCCUUCCUGCUUUUGCUGCUCCCGCUGGCGAUGCCUUCCCCAACCUAUGCCUGGUCACGGCCACUGUGGUACCAGGUGGGGCUGGACUUACAGCCCUGGGGGUGCCAGCCAAACAGCCUGGAGGGUUGCAGGGCUAGCCUGGGCUGUCCUGGCCACUGGAUGGGCCUGGCGGGGAACCGCAUCUACCCUGUGGCUGGGGUCACACUCACCACUACCAUGCUGCUGCUGCUGAGCCGUAAGAUGCUGCAGUGGAGGCGUUCACAGGCCACUAAGAGCGAGCAUCUGAAGGUAACCACUGGCCCUUCGGGACCCUGGAAGCGGCAGACCCUGAUCUCAGACCGAACCCUACUCGUUGGGGUCCUGCACAUGCUGGAUGCCCUCCUCGUCCAGAUCGAGGGCCACCUGCAGCAUCUAGCCACCCAGCAGCCAAUGCAAAUAAAGGGGACUCCCACCCACAGUGGGUGACCCAACAUAUGCCUCUCUCUUCUUGGCGGCCAGCCGGGGUGAGGCUGGCCUGAGACUCUGGGCCAGCCUGGACCCUGGACCCGCUUUCUACUUUAAGAGCCAACAGACCUGUUGAGGCCUCAGCGCCCAAGAUAGGUGGGCGGUUGGGGCCCAAGCUGGCUCGCACAGCUCCAUUGCCCCCCACCAACUAACCCCUCCUCCCUAAGGUCCCACCCACAAAUACAACUGCUCUUCUGAGGCUCCUCAGGGGUCCCCAGUGUGGUGGCAGAAUACUUGACCAUCAGGUCAGGCUUCCAGGGAGGGCUGCUCAGUAGUGACUACCUGGCAAAGUCGGGUUGGGGGUGGGGGCUGGAGGGUGAGCCCCGGCUGCCUUCAUCUUUGUGGUGUCUCAAAACAUGUGCUCUGGUGCCCGAGUGGCCCUUGGUUCAAGGUCCCCGGAAGUGGAAUGAGGGCUGAACCUCACCCUCUUCUUCCUUCUGCCAUAGGUUGAGUGGGUACUGAGUCCUGUGCAUUUUUAGGGUUUCUGUUUUAUAAAAACCAUAUAACAUUAUGAAUUCAAAAAUAGAAACAAGUGAAUUAAUGAAAAAUGACAAAUUACAAAUGUUAUAAGGUUCACAAACACUACAAUGCAAACUCCAGAACAAUAACAUUUAUGGUGACUUCUUGAUACAUUUCUGGAAUACUUUUCCCCCUACAUUUCCUGACUGUUCGCUGAUGGCCUCUCUGUACGGUCAGGAUUCUGUCAUUAGAGAGAAAUAUGUUCCAUACAGAAAAUAGAAAGAUAAUUCAGUCUUCCUUUUAACAUGGUUGAUUGAAAUUUGUGUUUUAAUUAUGGAUAGUUCAGAAAAUUUGUUUCCUAUUUCUCUCAAUUUGUUAUUGAUGGUGUCACAUAAAUGAUAUGGAUUGUUUUCAAUUUUGAGAAACUGUCAUCAACUUUCUUUCAUAUACAUGCUGCAUGAUUUGGGAGAAUUUGCCACAGGUGGGAUUCUGGCACCACACAUUUCAAACCUUGCUUUCCCUCCCUGGCCCACGUUUUUUCUAGCAUUGGGCACUGUGGGGUAGGUUCUAAAUGCAACAGGACCUUGCACAUUUGUCCUGACCAGGAGUGCUGACCCAGCAAGAGGUUCCUGGAAGCCAUCCAACACCAGGACAGAAACAAUGAGCUAACCAUACACAGGAGUGGAGCAAACCACAGAAAUAUGUCCCUCUGAACACAAACCAAGUGUGUCCCUUGGUUUGCAUUGGGGAUGGGCUGCCCACAACUUCAAGGAAAGCCUGCUGUUUCUGGGCCUUGAAAAGGCAGUUGGAGAACGGGUCUGCCUCAGCUGCGGAGGGCCCCAUCACAGCUGGUUUCCUCCCUCCCUCAGAUGCCGAUCUUAAAGGGAUCCCUGGUAAACACCCGGAUCUCCCUCUUGGAGUUUGCUCCCCCGUAAGCCCAAUCUGGGACAAUCCCCAACUCACCUUCCACUUGGCUGGACCCCAAAAAUGUCACAGCUUCUCCAAUGUCUCCCACAUAAAGAGAAGUGGGAUGGAGGAGUAUCCGAGUUGGAAAAAGACACAUAUCCUAAUUGAACGCAGUUAGAUUGUCUUAAUUUUGCAAGUUUUCCAAAAAUACUUGACCCUAUGGACACACUACUGGGGCUCCUCUCAAAGCAAGGAAGUAAAGGGCAUUGAAGGCUGAACUUCAUCAGCCUCUGGUUAGGCCCACUUCUAUACAAGGUUUAAUGAGCACCUACUGUUUGCUAGCCCUAUUGUGGAUGCCGGGAUCUGCUGAUGUGCAGAACACUACCGGCUCCUCCCUCACCCACUCACAAAUGGGGGAGGGUGGUGGUGAUGGUGGUGAAACAGACUCAAGAAGGCAAUUACUCUGCAGAGAGGUAUGCUGGCACAAUCAGAGUGGGGCAGGUAUGGGCUGAUUGCUGGGACCUGAAGGAUGAAUGUGGGGUGAUGAGAGAAAAGGGAGAGUGCUCCCGUCAGGAGGACAAGCACAUACAAGGGUCUGGUAAGGGAAAAGACCUCCUGUUCCAGGGUCUAUAAAGUGUCCGGGAUUUCAGGGGCAAGAAGGAGCUCUGGAGAGCACGAAGGAGCAGGCUGGGUGCUCCCACGGGCAGGAAUUGGUGCCUCCUGGGGACGGUGUGGAAUCUGUAGCUAUGUUACAGUACAUGACAAAAAGAACUCUGCAGAUGGAAUUAAGGUUAAAGAAUUUAGGGAGAUUAUUCUGGAUUAUUUUGGUAGGCCCAAAAUAAUCACAUGAACCCUUAAAGGCAGAAAAGGAGCCCAAGAUUCAAAGUGUAAGAGGUACUUGGUCCUCUGCUGCUAGCCUUGAAGGUGGUGGAAAGAUCCAAAGAAUUCAGGUGGCCUCUAGAAGCUGGUGAUAUGACCUCAGGUAACAGCCAGCAAGAAAACAGGAACCUCGGUUCCACAAACCACUGGGAUCUAAAUUCUGCAAACAGCCUGAAUGACCAAGGACACAUUCUCCCUUAGAGCCUCCAGAAAGGAACACAGGCCUAUUGAUGCCUUGAUUUUAGCC